AAGUCUAAGCUGUGGAAGUGGGAAGCACAUAAGAACAAGUGAGGGGAAGAGAGGCGACAGUCAGCUGGAAUGUAAUGUAUAGAAAUGUGACGUAGGAGUUGGAUUUGGAGUUAUCACUGUUAUCAGUUACGAAAAUCGCUCAAUUCGAUUCGUUUUGUGACUUGUGAUUUUAAUUAGGUCUUGACUUGAGAUUGUGUGGCUGUUGUUUUCGUUAGUGUCUUCUAUGUUCAACUUGGUGAUCGUAAUUUUCUAAGCCGAAGUUUGUCAGCAGAAAAUUCAGUAUGAUCGGAGAUUUUGACCCGAGUGAUUGGAAAGUGGGAAUUUCACCCGAUGCCAAAGUGAUUGGAGAUAUUGUUCAGAAAGCAUUUUACCGGAAUGGAAUAAAACACAAUUCCGUUAAGUGGACCGUACCCAAUUUACUCUCUGAUCAUUCAGUUCGUCAUCCGGUGCAGAAGUUUGCAUCGAAAAUUUUCUACAUAUAUCGAAAUCUGGAGAGUGUUUUUUUAUGGCGUCUAGUUCUUGAGAGAAUUGAAAACGCGGUCGAUUACUAUUCUGUUUUUCUACGUUUUAUACCAUGGUAUGGUCAUAAGGAAGUAUUCGCAAAAAUUGAGCUAUCCAUCGCCGAUAAAAGUGAAAAUAAGCUGUUGACUUGUGAUUUUGGUGAAAGUCGUCGUUUCGACGUAAAAAAUGACAUCAACUCGAUACAGUUACGGUUUCACGCUCCUAUGUUUAUCGAAUAUUCUGACCAUGAAGAGUCCUUAGUCAUAUUGUGCGACAUAGUUCAAUCUUAUUUACCUGAAUUUAGUCUGUUGAAAGAUUUGGAAAGAUCAUUCGACGUCAUGAGUUCGGUUUCAGGCGACGUUACGCUACUGUCGAAUGAUGGAAAAACUUUCAAAGCGCACCGGAUCAUCUUAUCGGCUCGCAGUUCAGUCUUCGCUGCCAGGAUCUCGCACGACAUUACAGAAAAUUUACCUAGAAAGGUGAAAAUUGAAGAUUGUAAUGGAGAAGUAUUGGGAGAUAUGCUGCGUUAUAUAUACACCGGAAAGCCAGAAAAAUUGAAUCUCUUGGCUGGAGAUCUGUUGUCGGCGGCAGAUAAAUACAAUCUACGAGGAUUGAAGGUUAUGUGCGAAGAAACGCUCUUGUCAACGUUGUCAGUUAACAACGCGGUAGAAAUGCUACGACUUUCAGACUCAUGUAAAGCUGAUCUAUUGAAAUCCGAAGUGAUCAAUUUUAUUAUGUUGGAGGAAAAUGUCUCAAAAGUAAUGGCAACCAGUCAGUGGGAUUAUCUCAAGGAGACCCACUUGCUCAAAGAAUUAUGUCAAGCGUUUGCGGAUCGUCAGAAAACAGCCAAAAAAAGUGCAUGAGAAUUUUUGUGAUUUUUUUGAAUGAGGAUUUAUUUUUAUUUUUUCUUUUCAUUUUUUUUGUUUUUAUUUUUGUUGUCAUGUAUGAAUAGCUUAGAUAUAUGCAUUUUAUUUGUUGAAAAGUUUAGUAAUGUACCCAGCUACCUACACAUUUAUUAGUUCAAGAAGUGACCCAUGCUUUUUAUUUUGACGUUGUGCAUUUGGGAGAAGUCACCUACUAAAUUAAGAAUAGAUAUUCCUAACACCUACUUACUAAGAGGUAAGCAGCUUGGUUAAAACAAAUUUACCUACUAUUGGUUUCAUUUUUUUUUCGAGUUUUAAGAUGACUCGCUGGAUUUAAUUUUACUUUUGUGUUCAACUCAAAUUUUGUGAACUUUUUGGAUUACUUUUCUGUGCAAAAAAUUUGUUUUUUCAAGAAUAGAUACUCGUAGUUAGGUACAUCAUAUUAUUAGGUCGACAUUUUAAACAUUAAAAUAACAAGUACGAGUAGAUAGGCAGUUAUUCAUUGUUUUUCGUUUUUAUGAUUAUUUUCAAUUAUUAGGUACGCAGACUACAAUGGCUCGUUUGUAUCUAGCAAGUUUGUUAUAAACUUUUGUAAAGUACAUAGCCUAGGUAUACAUACUUAUACUUUUAUUAUAAAACUAUUCCUACAUGGAGUGAUUU